AUGAAUUAUUUUUCGGAUUUGGCUAACCGAUGUUACAAAACAGGUAAUGAGAGAUCCUGCAGAAAUUUAUCUUACUUUCAUUGUAAUCGUUCGUUAAAAUGUGUUCCAUAUCAUCGUGUUAGUGACGGUAUCAAUGAUUGUUUUUUCGAUGAAGAUGAACAAUCAGAUGCCUGUUUAUUCAAUGAUUCAAAUCGAUUCAUAUGUAAAUCAGAACCGAAGAAGUGUCUGUCGCCAGUUGCCGUAGGUAGUGGACACUAUCAAUGCUCCCUUGCAGAAGAUGAAAUAUAUAUAUAUAUAUCGAAUGUAUUCGAACUGCUACCGUUCCCUGAUUUAUGCAAUAAAAACAUUUAUCGAGAUCCGAUACUUUCUUUUGCGACUGAAGCUUCUAACGCAAACUGUGAAUGGUGGCCAUGUGACAAUCCAUACACGCGUUGUAACAAGAAAUGGGAUUGUUCGAAUGGUGCUGAUGAACUCGGUUGUUCUAAAACAAACUGUUCACUUAAUGAGCAUGAAUGCAAAAAUGAACUAUUAGGAUUAUCUUAUUGUUUACCAAUAGCUAAUAUGUUUGAUAAAUUUAUUGAUGAUUGCAGCGACAAAUCUGUUACUCGUCAAUUGUAUUUCGACAAUGGAACUCAUGAUUGGGGCGAAUAUUAUUAUUCAUGGAACAAGAGCAAAUGCGUGACAGCAGAAAAAAUCUGUCGUUAUCAUUUACAAGUCUCAGUAAAACAAGAUGAAGUAUGUCUUUAUCAACCUGGUUUAUCCAGAUUAUUUUAUGGGAAUACUGUUCAUCUCAUAAGAAAUAACAAAUUCUUGUGCACAUUAUAUGAUGGUUCAUUUAAAGAAAUAACAUCUGCUGUUUUAACUACCUGGCGAUCUGGCAAUAUACCAAAACUAAUUACUAAUACUUCUGUUCGGUCUAUUUCUAAAUUGCAUCAAAAGAAAAUGGUUUUACCUAACAUCGACUUUGCACUAAUCCGAUAUUGUCACCAAGGUAUUGUUGUGCUAACUGGUGUGAAUGAAAGAAAAGAAUGCCUGUGUCCACCGAGUUAUUUCGGUAAUCGAUGUCAAUGGCAGAAUCAACGGAUUAGCUUGACUCUUCAGUUCUCCGUACGCAGCAAAAUAUCUAUGAUGGCUAUUUUUCAAAUGAUUAUUAUGCUUAUAGACGAAAAAGGACAUAUUGUUGGUGAUCACGAACAAAUUACAUACAUGCCAGUUCAGGAUUGUAAUACAAAAUAUAAUAUCUACUUACUUUAUCCGACUCGACCAAAAAAUUUAUCUAUCAAUUACGCAAUUCGUAUUGAUGCCUUUGAUAAGACAACUUUAGACUAUUGGGCUAGUUGGUAUUUACCUAUUCCAUUUUCGUUUUUACCAGUGAAUCGAAUCGCUACACGAUUGGAUAUUUUUGGCGUAGAAAAAAUAGACGCAUGUUCUUUAUCAUGUGGCACUCAUGGUCGAUGUGUAAGAUAUACAAAUAAUAAAUCAUUAUUUUUUUGUCAAUGUGAACAAGGAUACUCUGGUUCUCAUUGUGACAUACCGCAUAUAUGUUCGUGUGCAAAUGAUUCUAUAUGUUUGACAUCAUCGAUUUGUGUAUGUUCAUUACAUAGAUUUGGCCCUCGAUGUUAUUUGAAACAUUCGAUUUGUCAAUCAAAUAACAAUACAUGUCAACAUAAUGGUUUAUGCAUACCAACUGAUGAUCGGAUUAGUUUGCAGAGAUUUAUCUGUUUCUGUACAGAAGAUUAUUCAGGUGAAAGAUGUGAAAAAGCAAACAGUGAGAUCACUAUUUAUUUAGAUGAAACAAUAACAGCAAUAACUUCGUCCGUACUUAUACAUUUUAUUACAGCAUUUCAACAUACAAAUCAUGAACAAACAACUACAUUGAAAAAAAUUCCUUCUAGUCAGCAAAUCAUUACGCUUAGUGUAGCACAACCAUUUAAUAUGAUCUUUUUUCAAAUACCAAAUCAAUAUUAUUAUUUGGCUGUAUUAAGAGAAGCACUAAUACCUUCGGAAAAAAUCUAUACUGAAAUAUUACCAAAGCAGCGUUGUUCUCCAAUUGAAGAGCUUCUUAAUAAUACUUUUCUUAAUUAUGAUUAUUUUCGUCGGGUAAAAUACUAUCCAUUUUUGUGUCGAAAUUAUUCGCAACUUAUGUGUUUCUAUGAUAAACAUCAUAUGUGUAUUUGUGAUCUUGAUCGAUUUUCCAAUUGUUUUCUUUUCAAUCAUACGAUACAUUAUGAUUGCCAAGGAUAUAAUGAUUGUGAGAACGAUGGUCAAUGUUUUCAGAAUAACCAAACAUGUCCAACAAAGUUUUUAUGCACAUGUGAAGAUUGUUAUUAUGGUAGUAAAUGCCAAUUUUCGACAAAAGGUUUUAUUUUCUCACUUGAUCCUAUUCUUGGAUAUCAUAUCAAGCAAAAUGUUGCAUUUAAUCGACAGCCAUUGAUUGUAAAGAUAAGUCUUGUUAUCACUGUGAUUAUCUUCAUUUUAGGUUUAAUUAGUGGAUCAUGCUCGAUCAUUACAUUUUCUCGAAAGAAAAUAAAAGAAGUUGGUUGUGGUUUCUAUCUUUUAGUUUCAUCGAUCAGUUCAAUAUGUAUGGUAGUUGUAUUAACAAUCAAAUUUAGUCAACUUGUUCUUUCACAAGUGCUACUUUUAACGAAUCGGUCAUUACUCAUUGUCAAUUGUAUUUCAUUAGAUUUCAUGCUUAAAAUUCUUUUGGUAUCCACUGAAUGGUUUAACGCAGGCGUAGCCGUUGAAAGAAUGACUAAUGUCAUUCAGUGUGCCAAAUUCAAUAAAAGAAAAAGUAAACAAAUAGCAAAAUUGAUAAGUGUUGGCGUGUUUCUUUUAGUAACAUCCACACAUAUCCAUGAUCCUAUUCAUCGUAAACUGGUUGAGGAUUUAGAUGGCGAUGAAAAACGACUCUGGUGUUUAGUUCGAUAUUCAUCUAUUGUCAAUAUUUACGAUUUAUCAGUUACUCUCUUUCAUUUCCUCGUUCCACUUUCAAUUAACUUGAUUUCUACUAUUGUUAUCAUUAUAAAACUAGCUCGAAAACGAUUUUAUUUACAACCUCAAUUGUCAUUUCAAGAACAUAUACGAAAAGAAAUAUGUCGACAUAAACAUCUGUUGUUUGCACCUUGCAUAUUAGUAUUAUUAGCUUUACCACGUUUAAUAAUUUCAUUCAUCAAAGGAUGUAUGAGAUCACCACGUGAACCUUGGCUAUAUCUUAUUGGUUAUUAUGUCUCAUUUUUACCAUCAAUAUCAACAUUCUUUAUCUUUGUUUUACCAUCAAAAAACUACAAACAUGAAUUUGAUGUUGGAAUUCAAAGAUGGACUAGAGUAUUUCAUACAACUUCAUAA